AAUUAACUGACAGAACGUUUCAGCUUUUCGGCAUUUCACUUGAAUUCGGUUCGUGUAAGCAAAUGACAUCAGAGUCUGAAGCGACGAACACGAAGUGAUAACAUGGCUUCGCGUCAUCUGUACUCAAAGGAGCCAGAAAUCUUGUUCUUGUCAUGUGAUGCUACCCUCUUUCUUGAAACCCUUCAGCGAGUUUUGUUCUUCGUGUCGAGGCGUUCUAGAGGAACCUGGAGUAGCCUCGGAGAUUCAUCAAAACGAAAUUCGCUACUCGACUGUUUCUUCCAAUUUCUGCGUUACAGCAAUUACACAGGCCUUUGUAGAGAUGUCCCUGUCACACUUUACAUCACAACACGAUAUCCAUCUUGUGCUGAGAUCUGCAGCUGAUAAACAGGUUAUCAAGAUUCCUGUAAACUAUCAUGUGGCUGGUACUUGUGCAUUCGUUCUCAUUGCAAACAAAUGCUUUCACGAAAAAGCCUAUCAGAUAUUACGCCUCACGGCUUUUCUGUUGUUCAGGUGUUCCGAAUCGACUGACGCCCAUUCGAUAUUGCCCUCCCGUCAGCACUUCUGUCUUCCGAGUGGUCUCUUCCCUCGGGUUCUCCAACCCAAACCCUUCCUGCUUCGUAUUCUGGAGGUCCCUGGUUCAAACCUCAGCCCAGAGGCCGGCUAUCCCAGACUGGGGUUGUUCGUGGUUUUUCUCGGGCCUUCCAGGCAAAUCCCGGGUUAGUGCCUCAAAUUUGGCCACGACCGCUUCAUUCCACGUCUCAUCCGACGCCAUGUAGAAGCGUCGAAGUAGACAGGAAAUACAGAAUGUGGCUGGAGGAUACGUACGAAAUAACAUAAAUAAGGAAAUUGAUAAAAGGAGAAGUGGAAACGCAGAGAAGAAAUUGAAUGCAAGGAACAGCAAAGUAAUUCGAACUGAAUAAAUUGAUUCGUGGUGUUGGAGUGCUUUGAUGUGUGCCCCUUCUGCACGCAGGUCGUGCGUUGUCCGCAGGUAGAUAAGAUAAGAUAAGAUAGGGGAAGAUGAGGUGUGACGUGGUGUUGUGUGUUCGUACAGGAGUGUAUAUCUCAGUGCGCUGGCUGAGUGGGGCGCGGCUCCAGUGGAUGCUGGACAUGGCAGCUGAGGAGAGGGACUAAUUCAGUGCUCUGUUGCGGUCUGAGUCAUCCAUCAGGUUUCGCGCCUCGUCUGUGUUGUCUCGAAAGCGGGCCUUUCUCAGUGUCCAGAUUUAGCUGAAGUGAACGUGUAUUUUAUCCUGAAGGCUAGUGUUCGAAACACGGUUAGUGCUCUUCUUAUGCAAUAGCGGCGUAAUUGGAAUCGGUCGUAAGUCGGACUGGUGCCCGGAUAUUUGGCCGAGUUCCCCCCCCCCCCCCCCAAGGGUUUGACAAGGACUAAUCGGUUGGUAGAUUGUGAGUUGCGGUUUGGUACUGCAAAUGGGGCGAUACCGCGGUGUCCGCAGAAAAGGCGUGAGUCUAGUCAGGCGUACAGAGUGAUGGCAUCGUACUGCCAUCUGCGUUGCCCGGUCAUGGUGUUCCCCGAUGCUCGUUGUCAGCAAGACGACGACGACCUGGACUUGUCUCCGGAUGGCGAGGAGCGGAUGACGAUGGGAGAUGAUGAUGAAGAAGACCCUUACGAAUAUGACGACGAACUACCAAGGAUGCCCGAUUCUGCGGAACCCAAUUUCCUUGACGAUGAUCUCAUUCUGGAAGUUCUAUGCAGCAACCGAGUGAGCCAAAUGACCAAGACUUACAAUGACAUCGAAGCAGUCACAAGACUACUGGAAGAGAAAGAGAAAGACCUAGAAUUGACAGCUCAUAUUGGAAAGGAGUUGCUAGCUCAUAACCAGAAGUUGGAAAGCAGCGUCGCAGCACUCGAAGCAGAACUGAAACAUGUCAAUGAGAAGCUGACGCAGCUUAACCAUGAACUGGCAAAGAAGACGGAGCUCAUUCAGAUCCUCACAAAUGAUGUGGAUGAAUCUGGCUCAGAGUCAGGCACUCCUUCAAGUCUCCGCUGCAUCAACUCGGAAUUCAUGCAGCGUCGAAUUACAUCCUUGGAAGAUGAAAACAGACAGCUGCGCUGUGAAGCAAGCCAACUUACACUUGAUACGGAAGACUGUGAGAUGGCCGAACAGAGACUGGUGCAAGACAUAGCAUCACAGCUUGCUGCUGCCAACAUGGAGGUUGAUUGCUUAGCAGAUGAACUGCAUCGUCAGAAAGAGGAGAGUCGUCAGCAACAUGAAGAACUCGCGAUUCUCACCAGCAAAUUACUUUAUGCAGAAUCCCAAAUUCAGAAGCUAACAGCAGAGAACGAAGGGCUGUCAUCGAACCUACACAUCACACGAGAAAAUCAGGGACAUUUAGCUGGAGAAUUAGCAGACCUGAAAGAUCGAUACGCUGAAGUACUGAGCUUGCUUCGAGAUACACAAGAACAGCUGCGUAGGCAGCGAAGAAAGGGCAUGCCUCAAGUUCGUGGUGGGCUCUUAUCUUCAUUGGGACCUGUCACCAACCCAGACUCUAUAGCCUCAGAGUUAGAAAGUUCUCUGUAUUCAGAACUGAGUUUGGACUCUGGAAUUGGUGCUGACCACAGAGACAGAGUGUCAAACUACAAAAAGGUGUUUGAAACAGUUCGAUGUGCAUCUCGAGCAUCAUCAAGCAGUACUGGUGGCAGCCCUGUCCACCAGAUCUAUCCUGCUACCCCUUCAGCACAUCUACCAUCUGGGCCCAGUAUGACAAUGAUGCAAACCACUGCUACUCCUUCGUCAGGUGGACCUCGUAUGAGUGCUUUUGUGUCGGUAUCCUCAGGAGGACCCAGUAUGGGAGUACCACAAUCUUUACGGCCAAACAGUAGGAUAGGAGGUGGCUCUGUAUAUAGCAGUUCACUGAGUUUUCCCAGCAUGGACUCCCAGCACAGUGACUCUGAAUUUUCCGUUGUCACAGACACAAGUGACGAUUGCUAUCCAGGAGGAGCACGGGCUGGAGUGCCUGGUGUUCCAGGUGCGGCUGAUCUUGAGGCAGCCCUACGUCGACUCACUCCUGCAGAAGUUCUGGCUCGACGGGCCACGUUAAGUUCUGGCCUGGCUUAUACAGGUUAUGAUUAUCCUGAUGGCCCUCACACUCCACCCAGCUACCUCCCGUAUGGAUGUCGCACACCGGACAGCAUCAUGUCUACGGGCAGUAGUGGGCUUAGUGGUUUCAGUGGCCAUAGCACAGGCAGUUGGAAACUACCAGAAAAAUUACAGAUUGUAAAACCCCUAGAAGGAUCAUUGACAUUGGCCACCUGGUCUCAACUUGCAACCCCCACACUUGGUGGACUUUUGGAUGAGAGACCAGGAGUAAAGAUCCGUGGCGGACGCCAGUUAGAAGACCUUGGGCUGGAACUGUACUCUCUGUCAGACCUGGAAGAAGACGAAGAGAGUGUAAACCCUGGCAAGAGCUUUCAGAACACUGGCUCUGUGUACACAUACACAAACAGCAUGGUGCUACAUCCUGAUGAUAACACCAGUGUCACACCCAGCGUCCGUGGCAGCCAGAUGUGCACAGUGGCAAGCUCAAGACAACCAACAGCCCCCCAGACACCUGUUGCCCUGAGUCGACGUGGCUCAACCUCAACUUUUUCAACCACAUUAGGCCUAGCCAAGAUGCUCAAUGAACGAGGUAUCAAGGCUGUUACUCCAUCAGCAGUGGCUACUCCAUGUGGGGAUAGAAGUUUCACCCCAACUGCAACCCCAUGUAACAGCCCAGAUGGUACCCCACCAUCUUCACCACCACCGUCACCGCCUCCAUACAACCCUCUGAAAUUUCCAGGUUUCUUAUCCAGUGGUGCGGAUCUUCUAAGAUGGACUCUUACAGGGGAUAGUGAAUGCCAAGCCAUAAAAGCACAUAGCAAGAAAAAGCGUAGCAAAAUGGCUUUGUCCCGUUCUGAAAGAAAGGCUCUAGCAGGUAUCCGCCUGGUGGAGAAACUAGAGAGGAUUGGUUUGGAUGCAAUCAUGGCAACAACAGCAACCCCCAUGUCUGCUCUAACACUGCAAGGUGCCCUUUAUACACGUCGUACUCUGAAAAGUCCUAUGGCUCAGUUAACAAGUCUAAAAAGUGCCAUAGCUUCACCUGCCGCCUCUGCUAUGUCUACCACUGCAACAGCUGCUGAAAAGACACCAUCUGUUGGGUACCAGAAUGUAGAGCAAGGUCUAGGUGUGCCUGGGAGACCUGGUUCUGGACUAUUGGAUCGUCCACCACCUGCCCCGGCGAGGAAACAGCGGACCAGCGGAAUGGUCCGGCCUGACCUCGGAACGGUGCUCGGGUCAGUUCCUGCCAAAAGAAGUUGUGAUUCAAUAGAAGUCAGCCCUAGUCCUGGAACCCUGGGUACGAUAAGCUCGUUGCUCUUUGGUCGUAAAGGCGGCUUGCUGUAAUGUCCCAGAAAUGAUUGAUGUUACCGAGGUAUGAUACUUGUCCAUCAACACGUGUAGCUUUACCAGCAGCUAGUCCUGAUGAUUGUAGAAGUGUGCAAAAGGACGAAUUGUUGACUAGCAUUUGCAGUGGUUUGCCAGAUGCUCUUACUGUGAUGCAUCUCAUCAAGUUUUGGGUCCGUCUUCCAGAAAGUUAAAUGAGAAAUAGUAAGUUAGUGGCAUAUGUCAGUAUCUAUUCAUUCCACUCAUUCUUAGUUACUGGGCUUACUUUUUCAUGUGUUUUAACUUUCUUGAACUUAUCAGCAAGUAGCAGAACUUAAUAUUUUGUUUAAAAACAUAUCACAUGCAUCACUGAAUAACUUUUUAAAUGAUUUUGCAGUAUUCUUCAUUAUAAAUAUGUUGCCAAAAUCAAAUAUGGAGUAUCACGUACAGUUGUGUGAAGCACAGCAAAGGUUUCUUGAAGCCAAUAGAAAUCUACCAUGAGUUGCUGAGAAUCUGUACAAAGUGUUCCAGAAUGUCAGAAUCAUAUGAACUUCUUAAAAUAUUCAAAUAGUUGGCCUUCAUGUUAUAUCACGAUCGUAUGCCAUGUCACAUUGUAGAAUGUCUGGAAUUAUCUUGUUUCAUUUAUUAAUGGCCCCACCCUUCGGUAGUCAUAUUCAUUAUCAAAGCGGAGUAAAUUGUAUUCUUCAAAUGUCUCCACAGAAAUUAUUGCAAGGGUGUGAGGUUGUAUUACCCUGUGAUUCCAAAAUUCUGGACCAGCCUGUAUUGUGUGGUAUGAAGUCUUCAUCCUCAUUUGCUGAUCAUGUUAUAAGAGAAAAGUAUGCAAAGAAAUUAUUAAUUUUUUUUAAUAUCGUAGAGUACGCUUAUUGGUAGUGAUAUAACUUUUAAAUAAACUUGUAUAUAAAAUACUUCUACUCGAGUGACAUGUGCCAUUCCACUCUUACAUAGUUCUGAAACGAGUGUACAAAAGCUUUUUAUCACCGAGUCUGUCUGGUCUUGCAACUUGUGAAAGGAAUUGGUUUAGUUUAUAAUCCACACGGUAAGAAUGAAAACAUGGCACAACAAAAUUUUUGUACACGUUGUUUUAAUUCUUAAGUAGUGACAUGCAUUUUAUUUAUUUAUUAUUGCAAUUUUAAAGAAAUAUUCAUAUUAUCAUAUUUACUUGCGAAUAUAACUUGUACUUUGCAAAUUCAUUAUCUAGAAGCUGGAGGUUCUUAGCGUUAGUCUCAGAUUGCUUAUAUUUAAUCAAAUUAUUGUUGUUGUUCGCAGUAAGAUGUGUAGUGAAGGAGCAUUUUAAAUUUUUCUAUCAUUCUUGUGCAGAAAAAAUGGGGUGUGAAAUACAUGCAAGUGCAAAUGGUACUUAAUCUUGUUAAUGAAUUUUGAAGUAUCACGGAUGGAUGCAGAAGUUUGAGAACAUUUGUUCCACACGGAAUAUUUUUCUUUCUAUGUAAUGGCAUUGUUUGAAAAUAGAUCCGUGUAGACAUUAGAAAUAUGUACGUAUAAUUUUAUCUUUUUUAAGGGUUCGAUAAAUUUAAUUUAGUGGAACAGAAUGCAUAUCUCUGGAGCUUCUAUAUUAAGUUGAUACAACGAGCACUUUUACUAAAUUUCUGUUCAAUCUAGUUCAUGACCAGACAUUUUUAAUACAAUUUUGUAGGCAAUGGAAAAAAUUGUAACUUGUUUGAUAAGAUGUAAACUGGUUUGUGUUCCUCAAGUUGCACUGCACGUGGGUUACUAACAACAUGUUCAGCUUGCAGUGCAGGAUGGAUGGGUCUUCACAUCCGAUCUGUGUAGUUUGUAGUGGUCAGGUAUAGUUUCUCUAGUGUUAGCAUUCGCAUGCUUUAGUCAGAACUAUGUGCAAUCUCAGUGGCAUCGAAGACCAUUAAUUUUAUUUUAAAUUACAUACAGUAGCAAAUGUAAAUAUCAGUUAUAUAUUUUGGUGCAGUUCACAAUAUUUUAAGGCUCUAGAGUUCAAAAUAACUGUGAAAGAAAUGUAGCCACUUUCUUUGGUGGCUCAGAGUGAGAGUAUCAAUGCCUUUAAGAGCUGGAGGCUCAGCAUCAAGGUUUGAUGCUGCAGCAUCUGAGACUGGAUACUAGGUGCUAUGUAAUAAGACUUAUCAUCGUAUGUAGGUAAGUGUUAUCUGAUCCUGCAGUAUUAAUCUUAACAGCCUUUUCUGUACAGGCAGCUUAAAUUGUGUAUGCAGUUGUAGGACGUUAAUCAAGGUGCCAGAAUACAUUUCCAACCUUGGCAACUUUUAAGUAACGUCCGCUAGCAGAUGAAUUUCUAGCCGCAUAAUAUUACUAAGAGGCUCUUAAUUCUUGUGCAAGCAGACUGAAUCCACUUUAUGUGUAACAUAGUAUGUUGCAUGUUAGAGUUAGUGAUGUAAUACAGACAGAUUUAAUGCAUUUCUAAAUCAGUAGUUUCGCUCCUAGCACAACAGCAAAAUAUUACUGUAAUAUCAGUGCAAAUGUGAUUGAAGAGUUGACUUUUUAUUUUGAUUCCAAUGUGUAGUUUGCAUCUGAUGACUGAUCUGCAGUCAGCACAUAAUUUAUGAGAAGACAAUGAUCAUGGGACAAGUGUGGCGUGGCAGCUUGUGAAGACAAAAUAGUGCAUCAGUUAACAGCUUCAGAUCCUGAAUUGAAUGUCAGUGCAGAAUAUUUAUCAUUUGACUUUUCAGUUAAUUUUACAGAUUAAGUACUGACAUUGUUUUAGUGGACGCAAAAUUCCGCUACCAACAACACAUUCAGGUAUAAAAUAACAAAACUUGGCAACCAGAUGUACUCCAUGAAAGAUUACUCAUCAUCUAAUGAGCUAUAUUUUAUUCCAUUCUACUCAGCAGUCAUGAAACAUGGCCGGUUUCUACACAUACAAAGAUAUCUUCACCUCAAAAAUAAUUAAAAUAUGGCAGACAGGACAAGUCCAGAUUAUGACAUGUUGUGGAAGUUCAGAAGGGUUUUUGAGCACUUAUAUGUUAUAUUUCACAAUAUGCCACCUUACAGAAUAUUUGGUAGCAGAUGAAAUGGUAGCGAAAUACAAGGGAGGUUUGUGAUAGCAAGGGAUAUACCUGUGACAAUUGUUUGUCUAUGUAAACAAUGAUUGAAUGCUACCAAAAAUGUUAGUCCUACAUACAGAACAGUGCUCCAGCUGACAAGAGUGGAGAGUGUCGGACACGAGCUUAUUGCAGAUAAUUAUUUUUUAUCAUCUCGCAGUACUCUUUACAGAUCUACAUGACAGGAAAGUAUAAAGCUGCAGGACUGUUGGUCAAAAUAUAAAAAGCAUGUCAUCAAACGUUUGGCCGAAGUAGCUGAAAUGUAUGAAAAACAACAUAUGUGAAAGGUGGAAGUGGGCACCAGUUCUGUCUGUCAUUGAGUCAGAAGAGAAGUAUCUCCUCAUCAACACAUACAAGCUCUUAGUUUCAUGUUUUUAUGUGGAUGAAGAAGGAAAUACGUCCAGACCUUCGUGCACUGAAAUUUACAACAUGAACAUGAGUUUUGUUGAGUUAUAUGAAGCCCAACAGCUACAUUAUUUUUCUUACAACUUGGACAAAGAAUUGUUCUUCCGCUUAGUCAACUUUCCCAAAUGCUAUCAUAAUGCAUGGUUCAUGUGACAGUGCACUCACCCAUAAAGUGUCGAGAUAUGUCAUAUGAUUUCAGCCCAAGUCGAGUCAUGGCUGGCCAACAUCAGUAGUAGUUCACAAGUCAUUCAAAUUACUGACCUAGCAGAUAUUACCAAAUGUUGCUUCUAUAAAUGAAAAAUCUCAAAAUCAGGUUACCAGUGUGAAGAGUAUGAUGCGGAUCUCUGUGGUUAUCCAUGUCUGAAAUAGUAUCCUACAAAAGUGAAUGAACUGAAACUUUCUUUUGAAGUGGUCUUUCAUUUGGUGCCUUUUCAUGAAUGAUGCUUUAGAGUGUUGAUAUUGAAAACUGUGAUAACGACUCAGUCUGUAACUAAACGUGCGUAUAGGAAUGAGAUGUGAUGGAAGGUAAGAAGGAAUGGAAACAUCAGCAGUGGAACAUUGCUUCGUGGUCUUAAAGAGAGCUUC